AUGUUCGGCGUCUUCAUUCCGUCCCGGCCCGUGAUCACGGACAUGGCGAAUGUCUCCCCGACGCAGUUCGCAGUAUCAUUCCCUGCCGCACCACCAUUCCACAACGUCGGCGUCUUCAUGCAUCCCAACAAUCUUCUCCCUCCCGACACAGCGGCUGGAGUGUACAUGCAACUGCCUGGGGAGCAGGGGUUCAAGUUUUUAGGGGCGAUUGGCAAUGAGAAGCCUUCGGCCCUGUUCCGAGUGAACAUCCCAGAAUCGAUGACUGGCGGGGAAGUCAACCUGGGCAUCUCGGUCGAGCCGGUGCAGAACAUCCAGGUGCAAAUGGCUCAGCUCCAGCAGACGCCGUCGGAUGUCAACGCCGUCGCUAAACGGCCACCGGACGCCCGGGUGCUGGCUCAGCGCAUCAUCAAGAACGCAUUCAACUUUUUGUCCAGCUUUGCCGGGAACACGGCGAAUGGUAUCGAAGUCGUGCCUCUGAAGAGUUUCCAGGACUGGUGGACCAAGUUCGAAAACAAAGUCCGCACUGAUCCCGGCUUCCUAGAGAGAGAUCAAGACUGA